AUGGGAAGCCUCCUCCAAGAGAUCAGCGAACUCGAGGUUGAGGUUCACGAUGGCAUGGAUGAGUUCAGAGAGAUCACCCAGGACACCUGGUCGCGCAUGUUGGGCAAACACUUGAACCCAACCGGCCUUUCGGAUGCCCCGCCAACCUUCGAGACAUUGUUCGGCGUUCGCCGCUCGCGUCAAUCUGGAUUCCCAGAGCAGUGCAACUGCGGACCACGUUCCGAGGGAUGCCCACCAGGACCACCAGGUCCACCAGGACAGCCAGGAGCCAAGGGAGCUCCAGGAAACGAUGGAGAUGAUGGAAAACCAGGAGCGCCAGGUGUCGUCGUUGCCAUCACUCACGACAUUCCAGGUGGAUGCAUCAAGUGCCCACCAGGACGUCCAGGACCACGAGGACCACCAGGAGCACCAGGACCAGCUGGACCAGCCGGAAACAACGGACGUCGCGGACCACCAGGACCACCAGGAGGACCAGGAGAGCAAGGACCAGGAGGAGACUCCGGACGCCCAGGAAACCCAGGACGCCCGGGACCACCAGGACCACGCGGAGAGCCAGGAGUCGAGUACAAGCCUGGAAAUCCAGGACGUCCAGGACCACCAGGACCACGUGGAUUGCCAGGACCAGCUGGAAAUCCAGGAGCCCCAGGAAACGAUGGAGAGCCAGGAAAGAACGGCAACCCAGGACGUCCAGGACCACCAGGACAUCCAGGAAAGAACGGACAGCCAGGAGGCCGUGGAGAGGACGCCGCUCCAGGACCAGACGCUGGAUACUGCCCAUGCCCAGCCCGUGCUACUUACAGAGCAUAA